AUGACUUGGUUUGAGCUUGCUGCUGGCUGCCUUCAGCACCUUAUAGAUCUAGCAUCCAACAAAGCUGCAUGCUCCAAAGCAGCUCAGCAUCCCCUGAGGACAGUGGGCCAUGCCUGGGUGUGGUGGGAGUCUGAGACGGAGUCUCCCAGCGAGUCAGAGAAGAACAGUGAUUUCCAGUCUCUUCACAGCUGGGAUUCAGUUUUGGAUCUGGACGUGAGGAGCUGGAGGAAUACUGAAGAGGUGGCCAUGGGGAAGCUAGACAAGAGCAGCCCAGAGGCAGGCCAUGAGCUGGAACUCAGUGAGCGUCUCUGGGAGGAUGAUAGUGAAGACUACCAAAAGGCAGAGAGACCAUGUGAAGAUGACAGUAUUCUCCAGCUCUUCUCAGAGGUAACCCAGAUGAUGGAACCUCUCCGCAUUAGCAGCACAGAGUCAUCACAGACUCAGGGGGAUUAUUGUGGCUCUGGGAAGCAGGGUGAUGGGGAAGAUGUGAGGUGCCAGGAAAAGACCACAAGAACAGCAGUCUCAGGAACAGAGGAAAGUCAACAACACAUCCUGGCAGAAGAUGAGAAAGAACAUUUCCCAGGAAGAGAGGACAAGACUCAAGAGACACCUGGAGAACAAGCUUUAAGUGAGCUGCAUCCACAGGAGAUGAGUAAUCAGGCGCAGGAUCAAGAUGAUAGUGAUAGCACCUCUGCAGCCCCAGUGCUGAACCCCACAAGCCCUGCCAACACGCAGCUGGUGCAGCUGAACUGGGAUAACCCCCUGCAGCAUUUUCUCUUCAAAAGAACUCUGUUGUCCAUCUGGAAGAUGGUAGUCAGUCACAGAUACAGUGGCCCAUUCCUGAAGGCAGUGUCAGAGAAACAAGCCCCUGGAUACCGGGAUGUGGUGAAGAGACCCAUGGAUUUAACCAGUAUAAAGAGAAGACUGUCAAAGGGACACAUUCAGUCCAUGGCCCAGUUCCAGCGUGACCUCAUGCUGAUGUUCCAGAAUGCGGUGAUGUACAACAGCUUCAAUCACCACGUGCACCACAUGGCCAUGGAGAUGCAGCGAGAGGUGUUGGAGCAGCUGCAGAUGUUGGGUGAAGCCCUCCUGUGCUCAAGGGACAGGCUGGAGUGGGGGAGAAGGUAACAAGCCAUGUCCAAGGCUUGCGUCUUCUGGAGCAGUGUGGCCUCCCUGGCUCAAGAGGUCUGCUGGGGCUCAGGGGAUGUGCUGUCACUGCAGCCAUGGCCUCUGGCAGACCUAGUUAUCCCAGAGGGGUGCCUGCCAGGUUGAUGGGAUAAGGAGCAGAGUGGUUUCGAGGAGGGGCACCAAGAAAGGAAACCGCCUUUCCUCCCUGGGAAAAGCAGCAGUGUAGCCCCGCAAUGAGAAAACAUUCCCUGGGACAAAAAAAGAGAAAAUCAUCUUUGUGACCUGUUGGGAUGAACCAGGGCCCAGCCCUGUGCAGGUGACUGGCUGCACACCCAGGGUGCUGCAGGAGAGCUCCGCUGUCUUCCCCGUGUGCUU